GUUUUUGAGAGCUUGGCUAUGGCUUCGUCGUUGCGCGCGAGGAAGGCGGCGGGCGGAUCGAGCGCCGGUGCGAUCGAAUCAAGCGAUAGGGAAACGGCUGAUUCACCGGCGCGGCGGCAGGAUCCAGCUUCAGCGCAGGUCUGUGUGUGGGGCGUCGUCGGGAUGGUGAUUCUCGGACUCGCGGUGCAUUACGUUCAGAGCAUUCGGCUCCCGAGGCCGCUGCUCGCCGAGGAAGCUGGGAAGCUCGGUUUUUCCGAAGAGCGCGCCAUGGGGCAUUUGAAAGUUCUCACGAGCUUUGGGCCCAAGCCUGUUGGCUCUGAAAAUCUCGACCACGCUUUGGAGUAUAUAGUUCGUGUCCUGGAGUCCAUCAAGAGCAAAGCGAAUUCACGGGUUUUUAUGGAGAUCGAGCGUUUUCGUGCGAAGCCUGGAAGAAAUCGUUUGCAAGGAGGGCUUUUCAAAGGAAAGACUCUUGCUUAUGCCGACUUGAGUCACGUACUCGUUCGAUUGAGCUCCAAGCACUCGGACGAUGCCGAAGACAAUGCCAUUCUUGUGUCCUCUCAUGUCGACACGGUCUUCACAUCAAGCGGAGGAGGGGAUUGCGGCUCCUGCGUAUCUUCUAUGUUGGAGCUUGUUCGAGCGCUGUCCAACAUAGCUCAAGGAUUUAAGCAUUCAGUGGUAUUCUUGUUCAAUGCCGGAGAAGAGGAGGGCCUUGAUGGUGCUCACAGCUUUAUCACUCAGCACCAUUGGAAUUCAUCGAUCAGAGCUUUUAUAGAUCUGGAAGCCAUGGGAGCAGGGGGAAAGUCUAAAUUGUUUCAGGCUGGACCGGACAAAUGGCUUGUGGACGUUUUUGCUCAGACUGCUCGGCGUCCGUCUGCCAACAUAGUUGCUCAAGAUGUUUUUCAAGCAGGACUCAUCAAAUCUGCAACAGAUUUUCAAGUCUACAGGGAAAUAGCUGGAUUAUCUGGCCUCGACUUUGCAUAUGUCGAGAAUGGGGCUGUCUAUCACACUCAGAAUGAUGCAUUUAAACUUGUUCGAGCUGGAUCAUUGCAACACCUGGGAGAUAAUAUUCUACCCUUCCUUGUGGAGGUUGCUUCGUCUCCUGAGCUUGCUCAUCUUGGAACGAGUCAAAGCUCAAAGCUAGAAAUGGUCUACUUUGACGUCUUGGGACAAUAUAUGGUCACCUUUACACGAGAUUUUGCAAAGCUUCUCUACUCGUCCGUCCUUAUCCAAUCACUGCUACUCUUUGUCGGAUCGAUGAUUCGAGCCGACCAGUUCUCUUUACCAGCGCUAUUACUCGCUGCUUUUGGGGUGAUACUGUUUUGGAUAUUUUCUCUAUCAUCUGCUGUGGCAGUGGCUGCACUACUUCCACGUCUAUGCACAUACUCCGUCCCUUAUCUAGCUCAUCCGAUAUUGGCAGUGGGCCUGUUUGGUGCUCCGGCAGUUUUCGGUGGUGUUAUUGGCCAUACACUCGGUUAUAAAUUACUGCGUUCUUACUUGGUUCGUUCUAUUCCAAACAGCGCGAGUGUGACUGCGGAAACCGAGAAGUUUAUGUUCAAGGCCGUAUUCUUGAUGUGGCUUUUAGUUUUUGGACUCGGAGUGUGGGCUAAUGCCGGGUCUUCGUAUAUUGCAAUGGCUUGGCUAGUUAUACCGUCAAUAGCCUAUGGUUUGAAAGAAUCUUCACUGUCAAAGCACCAAGCUCCAAGGCAAUUAAGCUCGUGGACGUUGCUGCUGGGCCUACCCGUGCCUAUAGUUUUGACCUCCGAUAUUUUCCUCAGCUUGCCAAACGUGCUGAUUAGCAACCUUGUUCGGUUUGACAGACAUCCAGGUGGUGGACCUCCGUGGGUAGGAAAUGCCGUGAUAGCCGUCAUGAUUUCGGCAAUACUAUGUCUCUCGUUGAGCUAUUUGAUGCCUUACAUUCAUAGAGGUGCCGGAGUAUGGAUUUCAUUGUCAACAAUAUUUAUUUUUCUUGUAUCAUUGUCGGUGGUGUCGUAUGAAUUGGUGCCCGCAUUUACAAAGGACGUCGCCAGAGGCACAUAUGUUGUUCAUGUGAUUGAAGCGAACAUGGACAAGCUAUCCUCCGAGUCGUAUAUUUCAGUGUCAUUUACGACUCCUGGUGGGCUUGGGAAAGAAGUCCAGUCUCUUGCUGAGAGCGGCUUCACGUGCGGUGGUACCGAGAGACCAGAUUUUGUGACCUUCGGCGUUAGGAAAGGCUGUGAAAAGCCGAGUGAUCUGGACGAGGAUUUAUGGCAAGGCCGUCCGAACCUGACGAUCCUCAGCGAUCAUACUGUCGGCGACCAGAGAACUACAUCUGUCCUCUUAAAGACGAUGUCUUCCAAUCGGUGGUCUCUUUCUAUCGACACUGACAGGAUUCAAGCUCUUCAUGUGGACAUAAUCACCGACGAAACGGGUACGAAAGAGAUGCUGGUGCCGAAGGACGACAUCGCUGGAAUAGACGGGGUUCAUGUGCUCCAGUUUGCGAGCGGUAAAAAUGGCCCUCACGUAUUCAAUAUUGAGUUGGUCUGGCAAAAGGGAAUCUCUGCCGAGAAGAGCAGCAAGGAGCUGCUCAAGCUCAGGACGGACCUGAAUGUUUUGACUCCUGACGCAGCAAAGACACUGAAGCUGCUGCCGGAUUUCUGUACCUUGUUUGGUAAGUCUACAAGUCCUUACACUUUGGCUUACCUCUCGAGACUUUCACUUUGAAAAACUCGGGAGUUUAAUAUCGAUAUCGUAUUUUAUUUA